CCGGACCGCGAGCGCAGCCGAGCUGUCAGCGGGCGGACGGACCGGGAGCGAGCGAGUGGCGAGCGGAGCGCGCAGCACAGGAGCCCGGGAGCCGGAGCGCGCCCCGCCCGCCGGGGAAGCCGCCUCUCACCGGCCGGCCGACCUCCGCGGACCGAGAUGCCGCUCCGCAGCCCGGGGCCGGCGCGCGGGAGGGGCCGGGGGCGGCCGCCGGGGGCUCCUCGCGGCAGGUUCUCGCCGCCCUGGAGCCCCGCCUGGCUCUGCUGCUGGGUGCUCGCCGGCUGCCAGGCGGCCUGGGCGAGGGACCUGCCCUCCUCCAGCCGCCCGCUGCCUCCUUGCCAGGAGAAAGAUUACCACUUUGAAUAUACAGAAUGUGAUAGCAGUGGCUCCAGGUGGAGAGUUGCCAUUCCGAAUUCUGCAGUGGACUGCUCUGGCCUGCCUGACCCAGUGAGAGGCAAAGAAUGCACUUUCUCCUGUGCUUCUGGAGAGUAUCUAGAGAUGAAGAACCAGGUAUGCAGUAAGUGUGGUGAAGGCACCUACUCCUUGGGCAGUGGCAUCAAAUUUGAUGAAUGGGAUGAAUUGCCAGCAGGAUUUUCCAACGUUGCAACUUUCAUGGACACUGUACUUGGCCCUUCUGACACCAGGCCUGAUGGCUGUAACAACUCUUCUUGGGUCCCUCGUGGAAAUUACAUAGAGUCAAAUCGUGAUGACUGCACCGUGUCUUUGAUCUAUGCUGUGCACCUUAAGAAGUCGGGUAAUGUCUUCUUUGAGUACCAGUACGUCGACAACAACAUCUUCUUUGAGUUCUUUAUUCAGAACGAUCAGUGCCAGGAGAUGGACACCACGGCGGACAAGUGGGUCAAGCUCACGGACAGUGGGGAGUGGGGCUCGCAUUCUGUAAUGCUAAAGUCUGGCCCAAACAUACUGUACUGGAGAACUACAGGCAUCCUUAUGGGUUCUAAGGCAGUCAAGCCAGUGUUGGUAAAAAAUAUCACAAUUGAAGGAGUGGCAUACACAUCAGAAUGCUUUCCAUGCAAGCCGGGCACCUUCAGCAAUAAACCAGGUUCGUUCAACUGCCAAGUGUGUCCCAGAAACACCUAUUCUGAGAAAGGAGCCAAAGAAUGCAUAAAGUGUGCAGAGGACUCCCAGUUUUCAGAAGAAGGAUCUGGCGAGUGUCUGGAGCGCCCUCCCUGUACCACAAAAGACUAUUUUCAGAUCCACACUCCAUGUGAUGAAGAUGGAAAGACACAGAUAAUGUAUAAGUGGAUAGAGCCCAAAAUCUGCCGGGAAGAUCUCACAGAUGCUCUUAGGUUGCCCCCUUCUGGAGAGAAGAAGGAUUGUCCACCUUGCAACCCUGGAUUUUAUAACAAUGGAUCAUCUUCUUGCCAUCCCUGCCCUCCUGGGACGUUUUCAGAUGGAACAAAGGAAUGUAGACCAUGUCCAGCGGGAACAGAGCCUGCCCUUGGCUUUGAAUACAAAUGGUGGAAUGUCCUUCCCGGCAACAUGAAAACCUCCUGCUUUAAUGUUGGGAAUUCAAAAUGUGAUGGGAUGAAUGGUUGGGAGGUGGCUGGAGAUCAUAUCCAGAGUGGGGCUGGAGGUUCUGAUAAUGAUUACCUGAUCUUAAACUUGCAUAUCCCAGGAUUUAAACCACCAACAUCUAUGACUGGAGCCAUGGGUUCUGAAUUGGGAAGAAUAACAUUUGUCUUUGAGACCCUCUGUUCUGCUGACUGUGUUCUGUACUUCAUGGUGGAUAUUAAUAGAAAAAGUACCAACGUGGUGGAAUCAUGGGGUGGAACCAAAGAAAAACAAGCUUACACCCACAUCAUCUUCAAGAAUGCAACGUUUACAUUUACAUGGGCAUUCCAGAGAACUAACCAGGGGCAAGAUAAUAGACGGUUCAUCAAUGACAUGGUGAAGAUUUAUUCUAUCACUGCCACUAAUGCAGUUGAUGGGGUGGCAUCCUCAUGCCGUGCCUGUGCCCUCGGUUCUGAACAGUCGGGCUCAUCGUGUGUCCCCUGCCCCCCAGGCGACUACAUUGAGAAAAAAACCAACCAGUGCAAGGAGUGUCCACCUGACACCUACCUGUCCAUACAUCAGGUCUAUGGCAAGGAGGCUUGUAUUCCGUGCGGGCCUGGGAGUAGAAGCACUCGGGACCACUCCGCUUGCUAUAGUGACUGCUUCUUCUACCACGAGAAAGAAAAUCAGAGUUUGCACUAUGACUUCAGCAACCUCAGCAGCGUGGGCUCGUUAAUGAAUGGCCCCAGCUUUACCUCCAAAGGAACAAGAUACUUCCAUUUCUUCAAUAUUAGUUUGUGUGGGCAUGAGGGGGAGAAGACGGCUCUCUGUACCAACAAUAUAACAGACUUUACAGUAAAGGACGUGGUGGCAGGCUCAGAUGAUUACACGAAUCUGGUAGGAGCAUUUGUAUGCCAAUCAACUAUUAUUCCUUCUGAAAGUAAGGGUUUCCGAGCAGCUUUAUCAUCACAAUCCAUCAUUCUGGCAGACACAUUUUUAGGAGUGACAAUUGAAACCACAUUGCAAAAUAUUAAUAUAAAAGAAGAUAUGUUCCCAGUUCCACCGAGCCAAAUACCAGAUGUGCAUUUCUUUUACAAGUCUUCUGCAACUACAACAUCUUGUGUUAAUGGCCGGUCAACUGCGGUGAAAAUGAGAUGUAAUCCUACUAAACCGGGAGCUGGAGUGAUUUCAGUCCCCAGCAAGUGUCCAGCAGGCACCUGUGAUGGAUGUACAUUUUACUUCCUGUGGGAGAGUGCCGAAGCUUGCCCUCUGUGCACAGAGCAUGACUUUCAUGAGAUUGAGGGCGCCUGUAAGAGAGGAUUUCAGGAAACCUUGUAUGUAUGGAAUGAACCCAAAUGGUGCAUUAAAGGAAUUUCUUUGCCUGAGAAAAAAUUGUCAACCUGUGAAACAGUUGACUUUUGGCUAAAAGUGGGAGCAGGUGUGGGAGCUUUCACAGCUGUUUUGCUGGUGGCUCUAACUUGCUAUUUUUGGAAAAAGAAUCAGAAAUUGGAGUACAAAUAUUCCAAGUUGGUAAUGUCAACUAACGCGAAAGAGUGUGAACUCCCAGCGGCAGACAGCUGUGCUAUCAUGGAAGGAGAAGAUAAUGAAGAGGAAGUGGUAUAUUCUAAUAAGCAGUCACUACUGGGGAAACUCAAAUCCUUGGCCACAAAGGAAAAAGAAGACCAUUUUGAAUCUGUUCAACUGAAAUCCUCAAGAUCUCCAAAUAUAUGAAAAGACUGUGCUGUUGCUUUCAGACUGAUGAAUAAAGAAACCUGCUCUCUAGUUUUACAAGACCAUAGUCUAGAGCCCACCCUCGUACCCGGCACGUUGGUGAUGUUACAGAGAAGGCCGUGCUGCUGAAAAGGGAAGGAGGUUGAAAUGUUUGAUUGCCUUAUCACAUGGUCAAGUAUCUUGCCAAAAAUAGGAAAGCAAAUGGUUUGGGUCUCAACUGAAGAGGAAGCUCAACUCAGGAAGAGAUUUAUCUGUAUAUACGCAUAACUGAAAGAUUCCAGUUAUAUACACCUAACUGAAAACCAAGGUUAAGCCCACCAGUGCACUGUUGAUGCAUGCCAUAUAAUUAAUGGGUAACUUUUAUUAUUUAUAACUUCUACAUAAAAAGUGUGCUAUGGAGGGCAGAAGGUAGCAUAUGCAUUGUGAUCCCAUUUUUGUCAUUUCUUUGUUUAUGUUUUAGGGAAGAUUUGAAAACUUUUUAAAGGUAUAGUUAUUUUUCCCCCAAUAUUUAUUUUCCUGACAAGAUCUUGAAACAUCUUUUUUUUUAAAAAAAUUAAAAAUGAUGAACAAAGAAAGACAAUAAACUUUUUGUUUUUUUCAUAGGGUAUCUUUCUUGAUUUCAGAAGCCUAAGUAAGCAGUAAUUUUUUAGGAAGAAUCAGCAUAUGCUUGGGUUAUAGCGAAACUUAUAAUUGCCUUUGAAAUUCCAUUCUUGUUGGAACUGGUAAGAUGAGCUUGACUAGAGGUGUUGAAGGAAUAUUUAGGGGGAAAAAAGCAAGGAGAAAACUUGACUUUCCAUUAAUACAAACAAGUGACACUAUCAUAAAAGUCAAAUGGCUUAAACAGUUUAUGUAAUGCUCAAAGCAUGAUUUAAAAAUGAGUGGGAAGGCCUGUUUAUCAAAUCACCUUGCAAAAUCAUGAAGAAGGUGGGAUGACUUGUGUAAAAGUACAGAUAACUGUACAAAGGUAUUAGAAUAAUUUUGUGGUCUCCAGAAAAUGGCAGUGGGAUAUUUGCCCUUGGUCAAGCAUCAAAAGUUAUCAUUCUGCUACAGGAUGUAGAGGAUUAUGACUUCACAGAGUUGUGGUUUUUUGUUUCUUUUUUAAAGUCAAUAAGGCAGGAAUUCAAUUUUAGAAAGUUGCUUAUAACGGUAUUCAUAAGAAGAAUGUGGUUAUACCAUUAACAGUCAUGAAAUAAGUGUUGUCGUUCUUAUUCAAAAGUGAUCCAGAUAAUUAUGAUAUUUCCUAUGAUGAACAGAUUACUAGUAUUAGCACGACUUCAAUAUUAUUUAUUGAAAGCAGUUUGAAGUUGGAUUUGACCAAUUUUGUUUUAGAACUGACAGAAAGGGGAUUUUCCUGGCCAUUGAUGAUCUAAGGUCCUCUGGUUUGUUUCCAGUGAACAGUAAUCUUUAUAGAUCUUAACCCACGUUUUUAAAAAGACUGGUGGUUAGCUGAGAGAAGCAGGGCCAUGAGCAGGGUGUGUUGAAUGUUUUGCCCCACAUCUUUAAAUAAGGUAUGAUUUGUAACUUUUGAUUUAGCAGGUUAUGUCUUUGUUUUUGUGGAAAGUGGGAGAAAAAUAAAGAAUUACGUUUAUCUGGCUGGUGGGUAAAACACUGGGUGAUGCUGUUAUUGUUGAAUGAAUGUGUGUUUUGUGUAUAUCUCUACUGUUGGAUUCAUGGGCAUAUUGCCAUUAUUUUAUUGUUGGGUGUGAGAUUCAUGGAGGGCAUCACUUAAUAUAAACCUUUUUCAUGUUUAAUUUUUAAAAAUCUUAUUAUAAAGAAGAAAUUAUUUUGGCAUUGCUCAUUUUUAUCUUACUAACAGUGCUGAUGAGUCUAUCUCCAUUUUUGGUCAAAAUUUAAGCAGAAGAAUGAAAUACAUUUGAAACGCACCCUUUUAGAAGAACCCGGGCAAAGUUGUACAGCUGGACAGAGUCAGGAAGUUCCUGCACAGUCACCUGUCACUCUCUCUUCAUCUUCGGCUGUGCUCAACAUGCAUGUUCCAAGCCAUAGAGAUAAUUGGGAUUUGCUCCCAGGUAGCUUCUUUCUUCUCCUGUCACUGGGCUAAAAUCUCUGACAUGUCAAAAAUGCCUUAAAUUUUAAUGAACUCUCUGAAAAUGUAGUUGGGAUUGAAGAAUUUAUUUAUUUCUAAUUUUAGAUAUUAAAUAGAUUUUGUCAGCUCAGUUCCAUUUUUUGGAAUGGCAUUCCUUUUUUUUCCUGUGGAUCCCAGUACUUGUCAUUUUAUUCCAAGCACUAAAGAAGUAUGACAGAAAGAAUAGUAUGAGGAAACUAUUCCGACCAACCCUGGCUAUAAAAUUCACUUUAGUUUUAGGUCUUGCCUUUGCAAAGCUCAGUAGAAUGCUGAAGGGCUUAAAGAAAUUAAUCAUGUUUCUAUGACUUUUAAUUGACAUUUAUUGUUUCUUUUCCCCCUGAAGUGGUAGAAAUAGUUAUUUUUUAUUUUUCUAAAAGGCACAGUUUUGAAGCCUUAAAUACUUCAUUAAGUCAACUGCCACCUAUAAUAUCUCUUAGCAUUCUGUCAAAAUAUAUUUAAAUCAGUUUUCCACUGGAUGGGACCAUGUCUUCUAUGGAUAAAGUAUAUCAUGACAUUUAACAAUGUUGAGCAAUUUGAUAUGUGUUCACUUGUUUUAAAAGACUGAAUUUUAUUCUUGUUGACUUUCCCCCUCUUUGGUUACUAGCAAUUAAGUCCUUUCCAGGAUUAAAAAUGUUUCAUAGUA